CCCCCAUCGCGGCUGCCCCGCCCCGCUGAGCGCGCAUGCGCCCCCCCCCCCGCCUGCGGCUCGCGGAGCGACAGUUCAACGGCCGUGCUGAGGGAGGUGGCGCUGGGUCGAGGGUCGUAGCGCCGCUUCCUCUUCUGGGCGGCCCGCACCGGGCAGGUGGCGGCGGCACGAAGAGCCAUAUGACCGCUCCUGCCUCCGCUCCGCUGGGAUUGGGACCCGUGCGGGCCAGGUGUGUGCGGAGGACAGAGCGAUGGCUGUCACAGUGAGAGAGUGCCUGGAGCUCCAGCUGCUGGAACUGGAAAUGCUCCUUUCAAUGUUUCCCAAAAAAGGAGAAAUAAAUCUGGAUGAGGAUGCCAUGCCUGGCGUGCAGCGCUACCUGAGAAACACCGAUGGAACUCUGCCCGCACAGCUCGGAUAUUCAAUUGCUGUUGAUGUAGGGGAGGCUAAGGAAAAAGUGGAAUUGCAGGUACUGCUGCCUCAUAUGUAUCCUCACGUAGCUCCUCAGCUUUUUGCAAGAUCCAAUGCCCUGCACAGGCAGCAGCAGCUGCAGCUCAACACUGCUCUCACUUCUCACGUCGCCUCUUUAGAUUCAGGGGAACUGUGUAUAUGCGAAGCUGUGCAAUGGGUGAAAGACAACAGCCUGCCUUACCUGGAAAACAGCAAGAUUUCUUCUGAAAGUGCUUCAAAAGAAGUCAUAGUUAAAGAAACAUUGCAUCGCAUGUGGAUCUACAGCCAUCAUAUAUACCGGCAGGAACUGAGGAAGAAGAUUUUUGACUGUGCAAAGAAGCUAAAUCUGACCGGCUUCUGCUUAACAGGGAAACCUGGUGUCAUGUGUGUGGAGGGACUCAGAGAAAACUGUGAAGAGUUCUGGCAUGCUAUUAGGUAUCCCAACUGGAAGCAUAUUUCAUGCAAGCAUGUAGAGAGUGUAGAAACAGAAGGAAGCAUUGAUAAUCUUCGUCUCUUCCAUGCUUUUGAAGAUCUGCAGUUUCAGGCACAUGGUGAUUAUGGCCUGAGGAAUGACUAUCACAUGGAUCUUGGCCAGUUCCUAGAGUUCCUGAAACAACAUCAAAGUGGACAUAUUUUUCAGAUUCUAUUUGGUGUUGAAGGCAAACUUUCAGACAAAUAAGAGAAACUGUAAGGUGUUUUAAUUUUGGACAGCAAGAGAUGAUGCUAACAUUGGAAGAUUGUGCCUUAUAGCUACUGUGAAAAGGGAAACUGUUUAACAUAUGCAAAUAAUGGUUCAGGUAGCUAUUAUGAGCUUCUGUUCUGAAUUGCCACGUAUUUUUCUGAGACCCUAAAACUGUCAUUCGUCAGUAUGAGACACGCCUCAAACUGCUUGCAAGGUGAUAAGCAUCCCACACUCUAGUAUCCUGUCUCACCUAUACUGUGCUGUGUGUUACUGAGCUGCAGUGCAGACCUGUAGUUAACUUCUGCAUACAGUUGUGGGUUACCAAAGCGGCUGCCGUCACAGAUUACUGUGGUUUCCAACACAGAAGCACACUCAGCUCAAGGAAAUCUCACUGCUACAUUAAUGGAUUAGUGUGUGCAAUGUUUUUUACUACAUCUCAAAGUAUCUGCUCUCACUUCAUUCAACUAAUCCAUGAAAUGUUUGUGUCCAGCCACAGGACCAAGUUUUGCUUCUAAAUAAAGGGUGGGGCGGGGGGAGAAAGAAGUCCAGAUGACCUGUCCCUUGAAUGCCUUGGGUAGUACAUAUAUUGUCAAUAGCAUCAUUUUUGCAAUUCUCUUUGUAUUGUCUCCUUAUGGUCUGCUUCUGUUAAUAGUAGUUUUUCAGCUGCUCAGCUCCUGACAUUUUACGUUUACAUUGUUAGGCCAAGCACCUUGGAAAUGAAAAUGUGUGAGUUGAGACAAAGUUUAAUGUUUCUUUUCCCCCUACAUUACAGAAGGAAAUACAUGUAAAAAUAUAAAAAUGAAAAUAAAUAUUGUAUACAUUAAAUAAAAAUCCAUAUAACUUUA